AUGGCGACAUCCUCGGGAUCCGGGACAGGCCAAGCGAGGCGGACACCACAACAGGCCGACACGAACGCGAGCACGACGUCAAACGCGGAUGCCAGCGCGCCGGCUACUGGCGCGAGCGGGGCCCAGUCGUCAUCGGCGACUGCAGAGCCAUCUGCUACGCCAGCACCACCGCGCAGACGACAUCGCCCGGCCCCGCUCUCCCCACUCCAAGACUACCAGUCGGACGACGCGCUCAACGCGCCGGCGCUGGCGCCCACGAGCCCCGGGACGACGCCCGUCAGAUCGCCCAGACAGCCGGUCUCGCCGUCGCCGUGGACACAGCGGACAGGCUUCGCGACGCAGGCGUUCCCCCCGCCGCGAGCAUCAGCAACAGCAACAGCAACGGCCCGCACGCCCACAGUCCCCGCCAGCGUGUUCGCCGUGCCCGGCAUCCAGCACUUUACGCGCGAGUCGUGGGCCGAGCGCAAGGUCGCGCUGAUUACCGGCAUUACGGGCCAGGAUGGGUCGUAUCUGACCGAGCUGCUCCUCGAUAAAGGAUACCAGGUCCACGGGAUCAUCCGCCGCUCGAGCAGCUUCAACACGUCGCGCCUGCACCACCUGUUCUCGGAGGAGCGCGUCGAGCGGCUGGCACUGCACUAUGGCGACCUGACGGAUUCGACAAACCUCGUGCACAUUAUUUCGCAGGUGCAACCCUCGGAAGUGUACAACCUCGGCGCGCAGUCGCACGUCAAGGUGUCGUUCGAGAUGGCAGAGUACACGGCCGAUGUGGACGGCACGGGCGCGCUGCGGCUCCUCGACGCGAUCCGGACGUGCGGGCUCGACCACCUCGUCAAGUUCUACCAGGCGUCCACGUCCGAGCUGUACGGCCAGGCGGCCGCGUGCCCGCAGGACGAGAGCACGCCGUUCCACCCGCGCAGCCCGUAUGGCGUGGCCAAGCUGUAUGCGUAUUGGAUUACGGUCAACUAUCGCGAAUCCUACGGCAUCUUUGCCUCCAACGGCAUCCUGUUCAACCACGAGUCGCCGCGCCGCGGGCGUACCUUCGUGACGCGCAAGAUCAGCCGCGCGGUCGCCGAGAUCAGCCUGGGGAGGCAGGAGUGCAUGGUCAUGGGGAAUCUGGAUGCGUUGAGGGAUUGGGGGCAUGCGCGGGAUUAUGUCGAGGGCAUGUGGCGCGUGCUGCAGCACACUACGCCAGACGACUUCGUCCUCGCCUCUGGCGAAUCCCACACAGUGCGCGAGUUCAUCGAGUCGGCCUUCGGCGUCAUCGGCCGGCAGCUUACCUGGUCCGGGGAGGGCGUGCACGAGGUCGGCACCGACGACGCCGGCCGCGUGGUGGUGCGCGUCGACGCGCGAUACUUCCGCCCGGCGGAGGUGGACCGGCUGCAGGGCGAUGCUGGGAAGGCGCGCCGACUGCUGGGUUGGUCGCCGAGUGUCGGGUUUGCAGAGCUCGUGCGCGAGAUGGUGCAGGCUGAUGUUGCGAGUGCGCGCGACUUGAUUGAGGAUUUGAACUAG